UUAGAGAGAGAGAGAGAGAGAGAGACUUCAUACGCCAGGCAGCCUCCCACACUCUCCCUCGUUCUCUCCUCCCUCACACCUUCUCUCCCUGCCUCUCACCUCUCUCUGGUCACCUGUGAUACCUGGAGAAGGGAGGCAAUCAACAGGUAACCAGAGGAACGUGUUUGGGGGUUCUAAGAAGGUCACCAAAACCCCAGCAUGACCUCCCCCUAUGACCUCCUUCGCUACUACAUUGGUCCCCCUUUGAUUAUCCUGGGGGCCACCGGGGGAGUCCAAGUGCUGGCCUGGCUGGGGGGGGACUCCUCCUCUCUCCCCCUCUCCCCCUGGGGCAAUGGAGCUUCCUGGGGGGCGGUGGGGGUGACGUUACUCUGGGGUCUGGCAUCUCUAUGGGUGCCAGGUGAGGACUUCUACGGGCCGGAGACAUCGUUCGGCUACACCCCGCGGUACAAGGCUAACGGGGUGCCCUUUUUCGUGGUCUCCGUGGCUGCCUAUCUGACCUUAGUGUUCUUGACCCCGCAGCUACCCAUCCACCUCUUCAGAAACUUCGCUAAUAUCAUCGCUAGCUGCAACCUCCUCGCUCUUCUGCUGUGCGUGUUCCUGCUGGUCAAGGGGAAGCAGUGGCCGGGCAGCAGGGAGAAGAUCAAACCCAAACCCCUUAUCUACGAGUUCUACCGGGGUAUCGAACUGCAUCCACGCAUUCUCGGGGUCGAUGUCAAACAACUAACCAACUGUCGAUUCGGUCUCCUGGCUUGGGAACUCCUAGUGAUCACCUUCUUCUUGGCCGGCUGGGAGAGAAACGGGUUCAGUCUCCCUCAUCUGGUCUCCACGCUCCUUCAAACGGUGUAUCUAGCGAAGUUCUAUUGGUGGGAGACUGGGUACUUCAACACCCUGGAUAUCAUCUUAGACAGAGCUGGGUACUAUAUAUGUUGGGGGUGUCUCGCCUUCGUACCAUCUCUGUAUACAUUCGCCUCAUAUUACCUCGUCGCUAACCCACCUGUGAUGUCCACCUGGGGGGCUGUGGGUACCUUGAUAUUAGGGCUAACUUCGAUAUCUCUCAACUACCGCGUGGACUGGGAGAAGGAGUAUUUUAAAGCCUCAAACGGAAGGUGUGCGUUAUGGGGGACACCUGCGAGUUGCAUCGAAGCUAAGUAUGAGACCAAGCAAGGUGUGAGACGGUCUAAACUGCUUACCUCUGGCUUCUGGGGGCUGGCUAGACACCUGAACUACACCUUUGAGCUCCUGUUAGCCCUCUCCUGGUGUCUGCCGGGGCUAGGACGAGGUCUAUUGCCCUUCAUAUACUUCAUCUUCCUCACGAUUUUGUUAGUUCAUAGAGUGUUCAGAGAUGAAGAAAAAUGCGCCGUGAAAUACGGUACGGCCUGGGUGGAGUACUGUCAAAAGGUCCCCUAUAGAAUGUUACCUGGAGUGUUCUAGUGAGUUAAUUAGGGAGUUGGGACAGGUAGAUCGGUGUCUGAGGGUGUGUGUGUGUGUGUGGAUGGGUGUGUUAAUAUGUAAAAAGGUGCCAUAUAGAAUGCUACCUGGAGUGUUCUAGUGAGUUAAUUAGGGAGUUUGGACAGGUAGAUAGGUGUGUGA